UUGCACUUGAGUUUUCAAAAUUUUGGAAAAUUUUGAAAACUCUCGUGCAAUUAAUCCUUAAUAGUACUUGGCCUCAUGUGAUUACCUAUACGAAACGGCUCUGUUUAAAAUUGAACUAAUUGCAGGUUUGAUGGCUUAGUGUAACGGGGGUGUUCUGGCACCGUUGCUUUGCACUGUUCCAAAAGUACUGGCAAAUACCUCUGCGGCAAAUCAAAAGUUGUUUUGACGACUUCUCGUAUCGACUGGUUAACUAUGAGGCUUGGGUACAAAGUUGCGCCUGGUAUGUUUUGCAGCAGGGAUGCAGUACUGGGCUUCCUUGGUCAUCCAAAAUCUUAGUCAAUCCCGUUAAUCAUGUGGCUUCGACAAGAGUACAAACCUGAAAAACAACGGUUCGAAAAUCCAUUUGAACUUGAAGUUGACAGGGGUUCUGACGCUGAUCGAUCAGGAGAAUACAAUGGCGUGUCUCUCAUAAAACUUCGACAGAGUUACACAGCUCUUGGAACAACUGUUUGGGAUGGAAGUAUUGCACUCGCUAAGAUGUUCGAUAAUCGAGAUAUAUUUCCGUUACACUAUUUGCAGGAAUGUCGAGUUUUAGAACUUGGAGCUGGCUGCGGUUUAGUGGGAAUUUAUUUGUGUUUGUUAGGUGCGAAAAUGACCGUUCUAACUGAUCAGAAAUGUUGUGUAAAAACUCUUGAAGACAACGUGGCAGCAAAUGUGACUGGAGUUGGUCGGAGUAGAAUCAAGGUUGAGGAAUAUUGUUGGGGGAAGAGCACAGAAGAUUUGACAAAAGAUGGUCUGUUUCAUCUCAUUCUCGCUGCAGAAUGUCUUUAUUCAGCGGACGACUCUGUGCUACUCGCUCGGUGCAUCACAAAAUUAGCAAAACCUGGUUCACGUAUUUACGUAUCAAUGGGAAGGAAUCGUGGAGGCGAGGAAGCAUUUGUGAAAACGAUGACAGAUCAAGGUUAUGACUGCAACAAGGUAUGGAAGUUAGAAACACUGCCCAACUAGUUAUACAGUCGAACCUCAAUUAUCCAGAGUCUAUAAAUUAAAUAUUAAUGAGCCAAAAUGUAUCAUUUGAUUUAUACCAGCAAGAAAUAAAAGUAUAUUCUCUAAUGAAUGUACUUCACUGUUAACAUUUGCCGAAAGUAUUUACAAAAAUGUUUUGCUACCUAAAGUGCUAUCUGUCAUUGUCAUCAAAUUGUUUCAGUAAUUCAGCUCUGUGUGAUGGGAAAACAUUGUCAAAGAUCUCAAGAGGGACUAUUUCUUUGAGACCAGAGAAUCAAGUUCAGAUAAUCAAAUAAUCUGGAUAAUCAAGGUUUGAUUGUAUCGAUUUACUCAAACACUUCUCUCAUGACGUAGCCUCAAAAUCUUAUCAUUCAACCCUCUGACUCCCAAGAUCUCCUUACUGUCUGCCAGAGAAUUAUUAUGAAUUUAGUUCAGAGAAUUUGGUAUUGAAUCAACUAAUAAUCUCUCUAGUUAAUUUAUAUUUAUCUCUUCUCUGAUCAAAUGCCACCUUAUUUUUUUAUAUUGAUGUUGUGAGGAGAAAUCCUACCUUGGUCUCUCAUGCAAUCAGAAAUAUCAUUACCAAUUAUAACACUGACAGUGUUUUUAGAUUCCAAAGUUUUGGAGUUAAGAUGAGAGAUUUCUCUCCUCUUUUUCCCAACACUUGAUGAUCUAUUUUAAACCCUUAGCAUCCUAACAUCAGCUUGCUUAUUCUCUAAGUAUGUUGUUCUGUAUACUGUACAUUUCCUAAGAGCUGCUAUGGAGAAUUUGUGUAAUAAUCAAGAGCUUCUUCAGUUGGUGAUCAUUUCCUUUAUUCUUGUGAUGUGUGGUUCAAGGGUGAUAUUGUAAGGAGAAAUUAGAUGGUAGUCUCUCUUACAGGUCAGAGGAUUAAUAAUUAGGAGCUACACGUAACUAUUUAACUCCUAAGAUCUCAUAAGUAAUUCUCCUUACUGUCUGCUAUAUAUUUCUUGUCAUGUUAGUUUGGAGAAUUUGGUAUUGGAUCAACUAAUUAUCCCCUAAUUAAUACUUUUCUUUAUUCUCAUCACUUGUCUGCUUGAUAUUGUAUUGAUAUUGUAAUGAGAAAUUCUGUAUUGGUCACUCAUGAGAGUUAAAGGGUUAAAGAUUGUUUGCAUUAAAAUCCCUAACCUGGAUACAGAAGUCUCUUUUCAUGAGAUCUAGAGUUUUUUUUCUCAAAGUUUAUCAUAGUUUUUCAGUCUGUUUAAAAUAUAGUUUUCUUUGUAUCUACUUCUUAGUAUUUAAAACGGCUUUAAACGGUUUUAUACAUUGCUUCUAUCAUUUACUCUGUCUGUUUCCAUGGCUUUGCUUCAAUGCAUCAUUUUAUCUCCAAGCCUUGUUAACAUCUCAUUGCUUUGCAUCAGUAAACUUUGUUGACAUCUUUAUCUUCAAGAACAUCAUUAUUGUGGCUACUGUUUCUUAAAGCGUGUGAAAGAAUUUUGUUUUAACAUGGGAUUAACCAAUCAUCCUGUGAGUGAUGUCCUGCAUUCACACCCAGCUUGUUUUAAGCAAGUAAAUACUAGUUUAAAACUUGCCAAAAACCAUGAUACUAUAAUAAAAUACUACUGAUGGAAAAAAUUAAAUAAGAAAAAAGUUGUAUCAGGUAUUUGGGACAUACUUCCCCUUUAAUCUUCUUGAGUAAAAAUUAAAAUCCUCAAGAAAAAUAUCAGAGUUAUGGGAAUAACUAAGUAGUGCCUAAGUAGUGCCUAAGUAGUGCACAUUACUGCGAGGAUCACUUUCAUUAACGUCUUUAUCCGCAGUUCAAAUAAUUAUAUGACUUUCAUAUAUUCUUAACCAUUUAAUCUAAGUAAUGUCAGUGCAAAGUUAGUUAAUGCAAGCCUUACUUUUCUUUUGCAGGUCCCUAAAAAUGAACUUCACCCAAAAUACCAGGAUGAUGUAAUAAAAAUUUUGGAGUUCAAACUGAAAGUUUGACUUGCUAACUAAUAAAAGUAACUGAAAAAAGUUAAAGUUGUGUUAUUGUUAAUACAGAAUCCCUAAAGGUUACAAGUCCUGAGAUGGUCCAAAUUCACUGAUUUAGUUUCAAAAAUUUUUAUCAAAUUUGCUGAAGAAUAUUCUGUACAUUUAAUGAGCUGUGGUUAAAUUUUUUUGUUUCUAUUGGACAUGUCACUAAUAAUAAUUUCUAGCAAUAGGGAAGACACAGAACUUUUAAAAGACUCUUCUACAUGAAUGGAAGUCCUAAUUUCCAGGACUGCAACUCAGUCAAUGCUGACACUUAAAGAAUGAGGUGCAGAAUUACAGGAGACAUUCAGUAAUUAAUUGGCCUUGUUCACUUUAGAUUCUGAUGACUGAUACAGGUAAUUUGUCUAUGUGAGUAGUAUUCAUUUACAGCACUGAAGUUUCUUAAAUUUGGAUGAAGUGAAUUUCCAGGAAAAACAGCUUUAAAGGGUUUUGAGUUUCAUUUUGAAUCUGUGAGGUUUUCUCAGCUGCAGCUGGUGAAACACAGUAGACAAACAGGUAAAGUAUACAGGCCGCAGGCUUUAUUUUAUAUUGU